AUGGCCGAAGGAGGCGUCAAGCGAUCAGCGUCUCCCGCCCGUGCCAUCUCGCCGCCUCCGAUUCGGCGCAAAGUGGGAUCGACGACCAACAAGAAAGCAAUAGACUCGUUCUUCACCCCCAAAUCCCAAAAGAAACCCGAAUCAAUCACAUGGCGUACCAUUGGCACUAGUUUAAUCAUUGGGAGGUGCGUACCUUCGAAGCCCUCGACCCAGCCGGAGAAGAGCAAGAAGAUCGCCGGUUUUGACCUGGAUUCAACAUUGAUCAAGACCAAGUCAGGGAACGUAUUUCCCAAGUCGUCAGAAGACUGGAAAUGGUGGGAUAACACGGUCGAGUCUCGACUCAAGAGCUUGAACUCGGAAGGCUACCAAGUGGUCGUCUUCUCCAACCAGAAGAUGGUCAAAAUCCAAAAAGAUAUCAAAGCGGGCAAGGCCGACUCCAAGAGCUACGAAAACUUCACCAACAAGAUGACGACAAUCAUGCGAAUCCUGGACAUACCCAUGAGCGUGUAUGCCGCAACUACAGACCCCAAGGUCCGAAAGCCGCAGCUCGGCAUGUGGCGCGAGUUCAUCGACGACUACGACCUCGACGUAAGCGGCAUCGACCUGCCCAACUCCUUCUUUGUCGGUGAUGCUGCAGGCCGACCAGGAGACCACUCUGCUGUCGAUCGUGGCUUCGCGAGCAAUGCCGGUCUAGCGUUCAAAACUCCCGAGGAAUUCUUCCAGGGCAAAGCCCAACAAGUUCCGACCGACCUGUUCGAUCCUGCAGACUACAUCCAGCCCAAUGAUAACGAACCCCAUCAAGCGGUCACCAAGUUCGCCCGCAAACACCCGCUCGAACUGGUCAUUUUCUGUGGAAGCCCGGGCGCCGGAAAAUCGACCUACUACUGGAAGAAUAUCCAGCCGCUGGGCUACGAGCGCGUAAACCAGGACCUGCUAAAGACGCGCCCAAAAUGCCUCAAAGUCGCCCGCGAACACCUGGAGGCCAAACGAUCCGUUGCAGUGGACAACACUAAUGCAGACGCGGAAACUCGCCUCGUUUGGAUCACGCUAGCGAAGGACCUCGGCGUGCCUAUUCGCUGCGUCCACCUCCUGUCUCCACCCGUUUUAUGCAGGCACAACAAUACUGUUCGCGCUGCGAAUAAAGAGUUGAAUCCCGAGUCCCGCGCUUCGCUACCCGGCAUUGCGUUCGGCGACUUUAAGAAACGGUACAAGAAGCCCGAGCUUAGCGAGGGCUUCGAUGAUAUCAUCGAUGUAGAGUUCCGAUUCCAGGGCACGCCUGGCGAAGAGAAGGUGUGGCGCCAGCAUUGGAUCUGA